AAUCCACGUCCACUGCACCCUCCAUUUGGACGUCUCCAACGUCAGAGCCUCCCGUCUCCCGCCAAAGCACCAUGACUUGUGGAUCCUACUGUGGCCGUGCCUUCAGCUGCGCCUCGGCCUGCGGGCCCCGGCCAGGCCGCUGCUGCAUCACCGCCGCCCCCUACCGCGGCAUCUCCUGCUACCGCGGCCUCACCGGAGGCUUCGGCAGCCAAAGUGUCUGCGGAGCCUUCCGCUCUGGCUCCUGCGGCCGCAGCUUUGGCUACCGCUCUGGCGGCGUGUGCGGACCCAGCCCACCCUGCAUCACCUCCGUGUCCGUCAACGAGAGCCUGCUCACGCCCCUCAACCUGGAGAUCGACCCCAACGCGCAGUGCGUGAAGCACGAGGAGAAAGAGCAGAUCAAGGGUCUCAACAGCAGGUUCGCUGCCUUCAUUGACAAGGUGCGCUUCCUGGAGCAGCAGAACAAGCUGCUGGAGACCAAGCUGCAGUUCUACCAGAACCGCAAGUGCUGCGAGAGCAACCUGGAGCCCCUGUUCGAGGGCUACAUCGAGACCCUGAGGCGGGAGGCCGAGUGUGCAGAGGCCGACAGCGGGAGACUGGCCUCAGAGCUCAACCACGUGCGGGAGGUGCUGGAGGGCUACAAGAAGAAGUAUGAGGAGGAAGUUUCUCUGAGGGCCACAGCUGAGAAUGAGUUUGUGGCUCUGAAGAAGGAUGUGGACUGCGCCUACCUGCGCAAGUCAGACCUGGAGGCCAACGCAGAGGCGCUGACCCAGGAGAUCGACUUCCUGAGGCGACUGUAUGAGGAGGAGAUCCGCAUUCUCCAGUCCCACAUCUCUGACACCUCAGUCAUCGUCAAGAUGGACAACAGCCGAGACCUGAACAUGGACUGCAUCGUGGCUGAGAUCAAGGCUCAGUAUGAUGACAUUGCCAACCGCAGCCGCGCUGAGGCCGAGUCCUGGUACCGCAGCAAGUGCGAGGAGAUGAAGGCCACAGUGAUCAGGCACGGGGAGACCCUGCGCCGCACCAGGGAGGAGAUCAACGAGCUGAACCGCAUCAUCCAGAGGCUCACGGCUGAGAUUGAGAAUGCCAAGUGCCAGAACAACAAGCUGGAGACGGCAGUGACCCAGUCUGAGCAGCAGGGUGAGGCGGCCCUGAGCGACGCCCGCUGCAAGCUGGCUGAGCUGGAGGGCGCCCUGCAGAAGGCCAAGCAGGACAUGGCCUGCCUGCUCAAGGAGUACCAGGAGGUGAUGAACUCCAAGCUGGGCCUGGACAUCGAGAUCGCCACCUACAGGCGCCUGCUGGAGGGCGAGGAGCAGAGGCUGUGUGAGGGCGUUGGCGCCGUGAACGUAUGCGUCAGCAGCUCCCGCGGUGGCGUCGCCUGUGGCGAUCUUUGUGUCUCCGGUACUUCCCCUGCUGUCAACACCAGAGUUUGCAGCGCCCCCUGCAGCGGCAACGUGGUGGUGGGCACCCCCAACGCCUGCGCCCCCUGCGCCGGGGCCGGCGCCUGCAGCGGCGGCUGUAGGAAGUGCUAGGAGGCCACCUACAAUGGAAGCUACAAUCGAAGGCCACCGUCACCCUCUGCCCAGCCAGGACCUCGCGCAACCGGAACGCACCACCCACUGCCGGCCUCCCCGAGCCGGUUGGUUGUCUGAUGUGUACACCGUACACUUAGUCCCCGCCUGCUCCCCUCUGGGCGCCCUGAGCCCCGGGAGGCAGGGGCGGCGCCUUGGUCUCUUUCUGUAACCUUUCCCAGUAGUUUGUUGUCCCAAGGAUUCAUCCUUUUCUUCCGCCGUUUGUUUUUUGCUGGAUUCAUUGGUCCUGCCUGACCCCCUUCUCCAGAGCUUGGAGGAACAGGGCCGGUCCCAGAAUCUCCCUUUCUGCCCUUUCCAGGAGGUUGCUCAGGUGCUUUCACCUGGAAAUGCAAAUGGGAAUGAACAUUGUUGCUGGUUUUCCUGUAACUCUGUGAGGGACCUGGCCAAGGGAGGGAGGGAGAGUACCUCCUUCCUGGGCUGCCUGCAGAAACUUCUACAAAGCCAGUGACUCAGCUGCCUUCCUGCACGUUUGUCUGUCUCAUUCUGUGCCUCCAAUAAACUAAUUGUAG